AUUUAUGUAAAUUAUGAAUUGAACUAUUUUCUAUGAAGAUGAGAAGAGUUCAUUUACUUUGUUUGAUUAUCACUGGAAUCACAGCUAGCAAUCUUUACAAUGUCAGUUCCUGUAAAACUCUUCGAUCGCGUAGAGAGCAGAAAGCAGUAACUGCAAUAACUACCUUCAAUGAAAAAAAUAAAAUAAAUGAAGAAUUUUUACCAUACCAUAACACGAGAGUUUCUGACUGUACCAUCCACAAAGCUGAGUACGUAAAAACAUUGCCAGAUUUCACGAAUGGCAUCAUAUUAGAGACAUCUAAAAAAAUUAAACGAGACACGCCAAUUAUUCCUCUGCAUUCUUCUGAAAACGAUGUGAAAGAGACUCCGCGUACUUUAAUAGCGACCAUUGGUGAUGACACCCUCGGCACACUGUUAAACAAUCAAAAAACUAAAAGAAAUCUAUCCGGUAAUAAUCCUCUCAAAUCGCGUCAUACACGUGACAAAAAAUUCAUGUGCCUAUGCGAAGAAACAAAGUGUCACAAUAAAAAUUGCCUUCAAGCUCAAUCUUCACGUGAAAAGACCGAAGAAGUUGAAAACAAUGCAGCUGAAGUGUUAAUUGACGACAUGAACGUGAUUGACAAAUCAUCCAAUGGACCGAAAAAGUUUAACAUUCCAUUUGUCAACAACGUAAAUUUCGAUCAACGUGUGAUUCUUGAUGGUAAAAAUGUACAAUCAAAGUCACCUCCAAUUUAUCCCAUCUACGCUAAUCCGCUAGUUUAUCACUACACUCCAUAUACAUUGAAUCGGCCAGAAUUAAUUUACACAGGCAUAGCACCUUUACAACAGAAUUAUGCUCCUGCAGUUGCGUAUAAUAAAUUCCCAAAUCCUUCCCCCAUUCCGGCACACUUGCUAAAGUUGUGGAAAAACGGCGCUCAAAAUAUGUUUCCUGUUGCUGACGACCCGAAACCAAAAUCCACUCCAGCGUACAUCCCGAAAUAUUCAUCAGGAGAAAACGCGAAGAGGGAACCUACAAUAGAUUCAAGUAAAGUAACAACACCGAGGCAAGUUAAUAGUAAACUAUACCCGCACAAUUAUCUUUCUCGAGGAGGUAGUAAUAUCGAAGAUUUGAGGCCAGCUUACAGAUAUUCGACCGACUUUUUAUACUAUAAUCAACCUUAUACUACUGAAAUAGUCAGUGCUGAUGAGUUUAAUUUUAUUACGGAAACAUCAAAUGAAAUGAAACAUCUGCCAUUUGGCGAUCCUACAACAACGAAUUACGCACCGAGUUAUUAUAAGCCACAACGAAAUUCCGGUAACAAUAACAAUAAUAAUGCAAUCAACAAUGAGCACUCAUCUAACUUUCAAACUGCUUUACCAAAUCAAUAUCCAAAUGAAAAUAUUCCCAUUCAGGUAAAUAGCUUUGAGAAUUUCAAUGACGCACAUUCAAUUAACAAUCAAAAUAUCCCUCGGUACGAUUACAAUGAUAUGCUUGUUUCGACUUUGUCACCUGCUGGUCACAUUAACAUUCCUACUGUUGUUAAAAAUAGAUAUCCGGCUCAAGAAGAUACAUACGAUCCAGAUAAUGAUGACGGUCUAAACAUAGAAGUCGAUAAAAUGAUUAACGAACACAGAAAUAAUGAUCCAACAAUGAGUGUUCCAACCGAUUCUGACUUGAAAGCUUACAACUCACUUCAUAACCGACCUCAAAAAAAACUUGUUCCAUCUCAAGCGUUCAAUCAACAAAGUAAUUUUGUAACACAAGCACCACCGUCAUAUAACAUAAAAAAUAUGAAGCCAUCUAAACAACAACAAAGCAAUGCUGCAUCACAACCUGUCACGACACUUGAUGACGUGAAUAACGGUUAUACGAGUGAUUACAAUCCGCAAAGACUGACGACUAUGAGAAAUACUAACGGAUACAAGCCAAAUUGGAACGUUGCAGCUACUAACACUGAGUCAACUGAUAGAGAAAAUGAAAAUCUCUUCAAAGAAUUGAAAAAUAUAAUUCUACACAACGGUGAUGUUAGUGAUGUACCACCAAUUCAAGCAAUUGACGAAAGGCCGUUGACGACUUAUGAGAAUACAUUUCGAAAUGUCGACAACACAAUCGUGCAAAACGCUGUAAAAAAGGUUUUGAAUAAUUUGGUGCCUGGCAAAGCUGAUGAUUUAUUGGCGAAUUAUGAUAGUGAAAAAUCACGAGAAUUGGCAAGAAAGAAUGGGGAACGUCUGUUGCCAGAUUUAGCGAAAACUCAGAUAUUGAAAAACUUACUGAACGUACCAGAAGUGGAGAAUAUGAUUGUUGAUACGACGAACAAUCUUAUUAAUCAAGUAAUAGGUUCGCCAGUGUCUGAAAAUAUCAUCAAGGAUACGUUAAGAAAUGUAAUGCGUGAGAUUCCACGACCAACAACUCCUCCAAAAAACAAUUUAAAACUUAAGAACAAGACGAUGAAGCGUGUGUCAAGAAAUGACGAGUUAGUAAAUAGAGAGGUUUUUGAAAAGAUUAAGAGUAUUAUUGACAAGUCUGAGCUUGAUGAUGAAGUGGCAACUCAACCGUUGGCACAAAAUGUGAUUGUCAAAACUGUCAAAUACUCGCUUGACAAAGAAAAAGGAGUUGCUGAUGAAGCAACUAUUCGACGAGCUUUCAAUCAGCUCGUCAAGUCCACUGAUAAUAGUUUGCAGUCUGCCAAUAGUAAGCCUUUGAUUGUACAGCCAAAAGAAAAUUAUAACAGAGUUACUACACAAGAUACGGGAUACAAAUUUGUACCAGUAGUUCCCGUUAACGAGAGACGUUUACAAGGUGGAACAUGGAUCGAAGGUUUAAAGAAUCUGAUCGAAAAUAAAACUCAAUCAAAUUAUUUGGAAAACAAGAAAAGAAUAGAAUUGGAAAAGCAACUUGACUUGCUACGAAAGAAUAAUUCUACUGUUAUUGCGAAUGACGAGAGAACUGAUACACCGUAUCGCUCUACCAUGUCGCAAAAUGUCGAUCAUAAGAGCGACGUGUCUACGAGAGAAGCACUUUCAAAAUAUUAUGACAUAAUAGGCACAACAGUAAAUUCUAAACUUCGUCCAUUGGAUAACGGGUAUAAUGUCUAUCAAACUAGUCCAAUAGUUACGACGCUUCAUUAUCAGAACUAUCGAGAUCCAAGUUACGUUACGCAGCAGCUAAAUAACAAUCGAUUGAAACUGCCGGUUACCUCGAGUACACAGCGUUCUAAUAACAAUCGAUUGAAUCUUCUUGUCGAUUCCACACCGUCGGAUAAAGAUUUGGUCGGAGUAACAAAUGAACCUACUUAUAUGGUCUGGCUCGGCGAUGGAGUAAAACUGCCACUCACGAUGAGAAAAAUGUCAGAUGGAAGUUACGCUCUCACGUUGGCUGACGAAGUCUGCCAGAUGUUUGCGCAUAAGAAAUGUCCGUGCUGCUUACCUGCUGACGGACAGGGUGUUAUCACUAGAGAUAGACGCAAUGACGAGCAAGAUUACUCAGAUGAUGUAGAAAAACUGCUGUCGAAGAAAGCAUCAGGCAAGCACGAGGAGUUCAAUGACAAGGACUACGAAGAUUCAGAAGAAAGUAAUUCCAUUUCUAAUGGAGGACCGUACAAGUACCAACGAUACGCUAAUUUGGAUAAACUAAUAAGUGGAAGUACGAGGGCAAUUGGUCAUAUGUUAAGAUUAGUGAAGGAUGUUGUAACUGAAGCCCACGAGAAAAGUCUAAGGCGACGUCGUAAUUCAUCCAAGCAGCAAGUUCUUUUAUUCUGAUGAUAUCUUUUUAUUUUAAACGGACAUUUAUUUCUAAAUAUAGAAACGUAUUGCUGUUUUGCGGUUUAUCGAAUAUGCCUACUAACUUAUAUUUAUUUAUUUAUUUCCAGAGUACUAUACAUAAAUUACAUUAUUAUAUUAUAAAAUAUAUAUAAUAUAUUACAAAAGUUGCAAUCUAACAGAGGAUAAUUAUUAAUGUGUAAUUACUAAUUGCAUUACUUUUUUAUAAUAACAGAAUUUGUAUUAUUUUAGUU